CGUAGCCAUCCGCAACCCCGCGACCAGACGCCGUUGCAACACCAGCAACCCGCACUGUUCAUAGCUAUACAGCUUCCUUCAUUCAGUCAACAGCCUCGUCUUCUUCUUGAGUCUAUCUGUUCCCACCCCACCAUGUCUUCCUCUGCAGUCAAGAUUGUCCCGCCCGAAGAGGUGGGCAAGAAUACCACUGGCCAAACGGACGGAAUGACCCGCAAGGCCGCCCUGGUAAAUGUAUCCGACAAGAUCUGCUCCUCCACAAUGCUCGCAGACCCACACACCUCCUCUGCCAUCCACCACCACGGUCAUCUAGACACAAUCGUCUACGCUCUUCGUGGAUCUGGGGGAACUCUCAUUUGGGGACCUAAUCCAGAAGAUAAACAAAGACUUGCUCCUGGUUCUCAUGCAUUGAUUCCAGCUUGGGUAGAACAUCAGGAGGCCAAUGAAGGAGAGGAACAAGUGGAGUGGAUCAUUGUUAGGAGUGGAAGGGAGCCAGUCGUGGUGAAUCUGCCAAAGGGGUGGGGAUCGUCGAAAGAAGAGGGAGACGGGAAGCAGUAACAUUGUGAGAGUAUACCAAAGAACAAACAGGGCAAUGCAAUUCGACCGAGACUAUAAUGCAUAUGGGAUUGUGUACAUCGGAUUAGAAGGAAAAGAACACGUACUGCAAUGCAAGCUGGACCUCUCCCGAACGAGAGGUCGACGAGGUGACUUGGCCAAUCUCUUCCUUAGCCUUUUUCGAUAGCAGCAAUUGAGCCGGAACCACUCUGCAUCAUCUUCAUGCCUUGCUCUUUGCCUCGCCGGCGUCUUCGUCGGUCCCUUUCGUCUUUGCAGCUUCUUCGUCUGUGACCUGGGCACUCUCUAGGUCCGCCCCUCCUUUUACCUUAUCAGCCUCUGUGCUGGCCUCAUUGUCGUCGCCAUCAGACUCGUCCCUCAUCCCAUUGAAGGCCCUGCCAACCUGAAUGUUCCCCCCUCCUGCAA